AUGUCCGAUUGCAAUAGCUGGAGACCCUCCUCAUGGGAUGCUUUAGGUGCAUGGAGCUGGGUUACAUCAGGCAACUUUUCCCAUCCGACACAGACCGCAGUGCUCUCUACUUCAAUUGCGGUCUGGACGGGCACAAAGCUGCAGGCUACACCGCCAAUCCCAAUUGCCAUAUCUGCACAGCUGCCGGACUAAACGCCGCCCGGCGGGUCGGCGUCGGCGGUUCGCACACGGCGCAGCGCCCGCGCAGCGAGUGGACCGGAGUCCCACAUGGAGCCCCCGACGUUCCCCAGCCGCGGCCUGAACACCGUGAGGGCCGCUCCCGGGAGCGACGCGUGCCUCCAGCUCCCUGCGCCCCAGGGGACGCCUCCAUUCCACUACGAAUGGUGCAAUCCUCGCGCCGCCGCGCCGGGCGACAACGACACUUGUACCGUUCAAGAUAGGCUACGGUCGCGCGCGCAGUCCGCGCUCGACUCCCGCGCCCUCCGACAGGCAUGCGCUCUCACAAUGGGCAGCAACUGCUGUAAGGGCGACGCUUCUCGCCCGCUCCGCUCCUCCUCCUCAAUAUACAGCAGGUACAUCUGGCUGUUACUGGUCAGUCUGCAGGAAUUACACGACGUCCCCUGGGUCCUGAGACCGUACGUGAAGUGUCAGUGUUUAGUGAGUGCUAUGCCAGUAGAUCCGUAG